GCGGCUCUAUGAUUGGAUAAUCAAAGUGAAACCAAAUGUUGGACUGACAACAGUGAGAACGACCGAGGGUUCGGAGUUGGCUUGUUUAGGAAUUUCAGAUGCAGUGAUGGCAAAGAUGUUCAGUCUUUCAGAUUCUGAAUCAGAUAUUUCUGAUGAUGUCAUUCAAGAUGGUGACUCAAGUGGAAGAGAAGUAAGAAAUGCAAGUUCAGUGAAACAAAGCAGAACAAUGCCUUCAAUCAAGAUGUCGGAUGUGGAAGGGCGAAUUAGGGGGGUUUCAGAAUCCCAGGCAUCAGAGGCAGAGAUGGAUGAUGAAUUAACCUCUUUCCGAAAUCGGUCACAUUCAGCACCUCCAGCAUUGUGGGCAGCUCGUCGGUAUGGACGUGAAUUGCGCAGAAUGAGCGAUGAAUUUGGAAUUUCUCAUGGGGAAUUUAAAAGGGCAAAGAGUGCUGGAACUGCUAAGCAAAUGACUACCUCAACAAGCUGGUGGACUUUUUUGUGGAGUAAGAGACAACAGUCUGAAUCUUCCAAGGCUAAUUAACUUCAGCAUCCAGUACUCUUAGAUGUAUGCAUUUUCAUCAAGGACCAUAUUGUUGCUGUCCCCACUUAUCCACAGAGGUGCACGGUGGGAGCCAGUGCCUUGUCAAAUAUAAUGUGAUGGAGGUAUUGAUUAACUGUUAACAUGUACAGUCUGUAAAAAUCUAAGAAAAAGAAAAAAAAACAUUUGAAUCAUGUUUUACUGAAGGGCUUAUUGGCAUUCUUUUUUGCUAUAAAAGACAUUUUAUCUGAAAGUUUUUAACUUAAUAUACAAUUCAUAAUUGAGUUUAAAAAGGCAAAGUCAUAAAAGAUGUGUAUUUUAUGCAAUGGUGAAAUGAAUUUGACAGUUCACUGCAUACAAUAGUUAAUCAAAACAGCUGCCAACCUAAGAAGCCUUUUAAUUUUACUCACAAUUUUGAACUUGUCUCCUGAAAAACUGCUUGUUUGUAUGAAGGUUAUAAUUUUAAAAUGGCAGACCACUACCACAUACAGUCAAUACCAGUGUGCUGCUACAGAGUUCAAUAAUUCUAGUGAAAAUACUUUGAAACACUUUGGAGACUGGUUUUACCUUGAUAUGUAUAUAUUCUGUAUAUAAUAUCCUAAUUGCUUUUUCUACUGUAUGUAUCAUUAUGGGCAUCCACCUAAGAUUUAUUGAUUGAAAAUAUUUUGAACAUGUUUUACAGGUAUAUAGCUGCAAUGUUGAAUUACUGACUUUUUAAGGAGUUAAAUCUUAAUUUUUUUUCUUAAAUUGCAACUGAGAACAUUUUUGAUAUGUUCCUAGGGAUUGAGUUCACUGGACUAGUGUGCCGCAAUUAGUAUUAUCCUUAUGCACCAAAUAAAUUAUGCAUCUGUAAGCUAACCACAAGGUUAUCCUUUGCUUUGCGAUUGUUGCAGUUGGGAUAUAAAGGAUAAGUUAAGAAUGAAUAAAAAUGUAUAUUUUGUUCCAUUGAAACAUCACAAGAAACCACACUAAGUAGUUUUAAACUUUUUUUUUGUACAAACCUUUGGAUAUAAGCAUACCUUGGGAUAUACCAACUGCUUAUAGUAGUUAUUUGAAACUGUACUCCAUAUAAACUUGACAGGGAUACUCUUUGUACAAGUCAAGUGUGAACCAUGUUCUAAAUACUGAUAUUUUGCCCUAGUUUAUAAUGAGGGGACUGGGGAAACAGAAAAAGCAGGGAACAGAGCUAAGUAAAUAUACGAUUUAAAUGAAGUAUAAAUGCCAACAAAAACAAAUUUAACAAAUUAUAAUGUACUUUUUGGAUAGAUGUGAAAGUAAUAAUGUAUAUCACACUGAAAAAUUAAGACAGUAAACUUUGUUGAACAGGGAAAUCCUAAAUGAUGUAAAAAGGUAAAGUAGAUGAAAGGUGAAAUGUAGAUAUGUAAAAAGAAAUGCACACAGUACAAUUAAAAAACCAUGAACUUGUGUAUUUCGGAAUUAAAUGGAAAAAGAAACUAACACAGUAAGAGAAAUUAUAUUUAAAUUGUGUAUUCCAAACACAAUUAGAAAACCAUAAGUAAAUGGGGCAAAACUGAAAAUGUAUAAAAACAAUAUUAAGAUAAAUUGGCAGAAAAAAGAUUGUACGAUAAAAUCAUCUUUAUUUAUGGAAUAUGCUAUCUCCAUUUUUUUUAUAAAUUGUUCUUUAUUUGUAUUCAAAUAUAAUGCAGUUGCAUUUUUCCCUUUUUAUUUUAAUGAUCUUCGCUCCCUGUUUAUUCUGCUUCCCCAUUUGUUCUAGAUCUAAAUAGGUCAGUUGCAGUGUACCUGAGAGAGUAUCAUACCAGCUGAAUCUCAAGACCAGACUACAUAGUACAGUACUAAGUGAAGACAAUCCUUAAGUCUAAGUGCUGUUGCGGUGAACAGCGGAACAUGAUCAGUAACUGGUUCAUCUAAUUUGCAGCUAGUUGUUGUUUUCUGUUUCCCUUUGGCUUGCUUAUCUGGCUGUCUGAUUGUUCUAAUUGCUGGCACACUGCUGUUAAGGGGCAAUCUGGACAAGAACAGGGCAUUCAGCCCAAUAAAGCUUGGCAGUCCUAUCCACUUAAUUCUUCUAAUAAAACAUCAAGUCCCUAAAGUCUUGCUGUAUACCGCGCUACUUGGUAGCUUUUUCCAAAUGUUACCCUUAACAAGUUUCCAACUGUGUCUCCAUGUUCUUGAUGAACUAAUUUUAAAAUAAGUCUUUUGAUCCAUAACAAUUGUUUUGUCCUCUGUCAAUUACAGAUUCCUCUCAAUUUAAAAGGACAGAACAUGGGGGAGGGGGGUUGCGGGGGGAGUACAUCCUCAUGUAAACUUAAUAAAAAUAAUGGCAAUCAUUAAGCUGCUUUAGAUUGAAACUACUGUCACUAUCAUCAUUGUAAAUGUUAUUCACAUUGAGUAUCUGAAAAGACCAUGGAAUCUAUGUAAAGUAUACAGAAAGUAAUGACAAUGAAAAGUAAUCAUUUGUGAGGCAUAAUUGUGGAUGAUGAUUUACCAUCAGGAUGACAUGGGUAUGCAUGAAAAUGAGUAAUGCAGGUGUUGUAUUGAAUUUAUCACCCCUCCUUCACAUAUAUGUGCAUCACUCAAGCUGAUAGGUAUUAAUUUAUCUUUCUUAAGGUAAAUAUGUAAGUGCUAUUGAUUACUUCUGUCAUUCAGUUAGUAGAGCCCAUAGCGAAUGUAAGAUCACAUUUACUUAUUUUGAAUGUUACUGCAUUGACUCUCAGGCAAUAUUAUUCUACUGUAGCUGUAACAGGAUUUUAAGAUGUUGAUAUCACCCAGGCCAAAAUUGCUUCCCCAAAGACUGGAAGGUCAGAAUCACUUCAGAUUUUAUGUCACUGACUGACAUGUAGAUUAUGCCCAAGACAUUUCACUCCUACCUAAAAUUGGCUGUGUUGUAAAAUUUCUAAUAUCUAACAAGAAAUUUCUAAUAUUUUGGCCUCUCUCAGCAGCCCAAGCAUUUUUUCUGUUUCAAUGGUACUUAAUGCUCUUCCAUAUAAAAUACACAUAUAACAGUUACUUGUACAUUAUGUUACCACCCCUGAAUCAAAUGUACAAUUGACAACUCCCCUGGCUCAUUUUACUUUUAUAUGUGACAUUCAUAAGAGUGUAAAAAAUUAUAUGUGCGAGACACACUGGAGCCUGUGUGGGUCUUAAUCUAAUGUGCUAUAACUCAUUUUCUUAAUUACUUAGAUAUUACAGAAGAGUUAAUACUUGUCAUUCAUUAUGCACCCAGAACUUCCUAAUAACCAGAUUAAUCCAACAGUCACUAAAGUGUAUAAAUUUGCCCACUCAGAGGCUGGACGAUAUUUGUAAAGAAUUCCUCAUCACAGCACAAACUUCACUGUAGAGCAUAUGCACUAUAUUAACAUAUAAUGUGAGAGAUCUCCGAUCUCGAGAACACUUUCAAUACUUCCAUGAUACUCCAUAGGAAUACAGAAUGGAGGAUAGUAGCAGCAUCUUUUAAUGUGCACUGUCCAAAAUGGAGGCCAACUGUGUCUUUACUGAAGAUUAAUAAUAGUUAAAUGUAUGUUGUUUCAUAUUUUUGUUUAGUAUGUGAUAGAAAUAUUCCCAUGUAUCAUUUGUGUUUUUCUGUGGCAUUGAUUUUAAAUAUAUUUGAUUUCACACUCACGCUGUACUUCAGUCCAAAUACAGUACAAGUAUAAAUUACGGUUUCAAUAUUUUAAAUGGCAUAUUUGUGAUUUUUCAUGUCCAUAAUUGUCUGAAGCAAGCAGUAAUUAUUUUGCAGCAUUACCUACCGUAUUAAGCCAUUUAAUUCUGCUCACAAGGUGGUCUAUGUAGGCAUGCAACUUUGUUCCCCAUCUUCUACUUCAAAAAGCAUACUGUAACGGCACAUAGUGUUGAUCUGCUGCCAGUCCACAGCUCUGAGGUACACUGCAACACAUGGCAACUGACCCACUAGGUUUCACUUUAUUGAUGGUUGUCUGAAAACAAUUUAUCAUAAUUCAAUCUGCAGCAUUUCCGUAAAUUUAUCAAAAACAUGUCAAGAUGUUUGUUCCCUUCAGUAGGUAACUACCAUGAUUUUGCUUUGUUUUUUAAAAGCUGUAUGUCAGUGCUUAUACAACUAUUAUAAACAAGCUUUUAAUUAUUAAAGUGAGCUUUGCAUAGAAACCUUUAAUGUUUGCUAAGGCAAAGUAUCUGAAGCAAAAAAAAAACUGUACUGUUGGAUUUUUGUCUGGUUUGUAUACUUGAAAAGGUUACAGUUAAAUUCUGUGCUGUUACUUGACAAAGACAUGUCUAUUUAAUAGCCAUUUUAUUGUGAUUGUCAUUACAACAAUGUUACGAGUAAUGUUACCAAAAAAAAAAAAAUUCUGCCUAAGUUUAGCAGCAGUUGGUAAGGUGCAUACUUAACAGAUUUAUGUUUAAAUUUUAAUUGACUGUGCUCAAUUAUCUGACACUUUUGUGUUACAACACUUUUAUUUUGAAAUUAGUGCAUUUUAGGUAAACUGACUAUAACUAGUCUUAUAUGCCAUUACUGGAAGGCAUUUUGUUUCACUGUUAACAAAAGAAUUAUUGGUAAACCACUUGUGCUUAUUAAUCCAAGGCAAUUCAGACUAUAUGAUUAGACCAAAGGGAGAAAAGUGAUAGGCCAAGCUCAUAGUCAUUGGCUUAAAUUGUGGCCCAAAUAGACAAAUGGGUUUUGCAUCUAUAAAAGCGAUUUUAAUCAACUUGUUUAUCCAUCUGUUUGCUAACCCUUGUCCAGGUAAUAUUUGUGCAUUUGUAGCUGAAAAUGGGAGAACUGAUUUUUUUUUUUUUGUACUGUGUAUGAUUUUGGGGGGGGGGGGGGGGGGGGGGGGUUUACAAUCCAAAUUCCAGGGACAAAUAUGCAAUAAGGUUGUAUUGAAAAUAAAUAUUUAAAAAUUUUAUAAAGAGUUAACUAAUUAAAAA